AUGGAUUCUCAUCAUCAUCAGUCCUCUCACCUUCGGUCGAUUCACACUAAUCUCCCCCAUAUCGACUCUGCCCCACUACCGAACGCUUCCUCUUCCUCGAUCCUCCACCCUCCGCGAACCGCCAAUAGUACGCCGGUAUCUUCUCCUGGUCUCUUCAGCCCGACGAAUUCACGAUCGAAUCAUCCGUUCCACCUUCAUUCUGCUUCCGAAGUGACGACGCCAUCUGCCGACAGCCCGAGUCCGUUUCUCCACCCACUGCACCAGCACCAAGUGAGAGAGACGCACAAGGCCCUUAUCGACUCGGAUAUCACCACCGGCCGCAAACUCAUCAACCAAUACGAAGUCAUCGAAGAGAUUGGCCGUGGCAUGCAUGGCAAGGUGAAACUGGCCCGCAAUAACCAGACCGGAGAAAAUGUUGCAAUCAAGAUCAUCCCCAGAUUUUCCAAGAAGAGGCGUCUUGGCAAGGUCACGGCGGCCAUGUCCCAGCAGGAUAAGACCAAGCGAGAGAUUGCCAUCCUAAAAAAGAUACGCCACCCCAACGUCGUCGCCCUUAUCGAGAUCAUCGACGACCCAGAGCUGCGCAAGAUCUACAUGGUCCUCGAGCACGUCGAACUCGGAGAGAUUGUCUGGAGGAAGAAGGGCCUGCCCCAUAUCUGCCAAUAUGAACGGAGACGUAUUGAACGUGAGAUGCGUGGCGACCCCAUCACACCGGAAGAGGAGAAAUACAAUGAGAUUCUUGAGCGUCGGCAAGCCCUGAAGGCAUUGAAAAGGCAAAAGAUGUCCCAGGCAUUUGAGGGCCCCCACGACUAUUGGAGUAUCGAACAUGGACUCGGUGACGAGUGUAUUUCCGGUCCCAGCUCACGCAUUUCUUCCCACCGUGACCUCGCCUUUGGAGACCGAACCGGAUCCUCGAUGCCUAAUUCGCUUCAGCCGUCUCGGGACAGCUCAAGGGCUCCCUCGCGAUCCCAUUCCGUCAAGUCCCUUGGACCGCAUAACUCCUCGAAUUUGAUCAACGAUAGUGCUAUCCACGACGACAACGACCAUGACGACACCGAUACCUACCUCUCCCUUACCAAAACCAAUUCCUCCGUCAUACUCGAUGGCGUCAUGUAUGGAGUCGAGGCCAUUGACCUUCGGGCGAGGUCGCCAAGUAUGGCUGAUUCAAUCAUUUCACACAUGUCCUCUCUCGAUUUUAACCCUCAGCCUCACGACCCCUUUGUCGACGACUAUUCCUACGUUCCAUGUUUUACGCUAGAUCAAGCCAGGCAGACAUUCCGGGACACAGUUUUAGGACUCGAGUACUUGCAUUAUCAAGGCGUCGUCCAUCGCGAUAUCAAGCCGGCCAACCUUCUCUGGACUAAGGAUCAUCGCGUGAAGAUUUCCGAUUUUGGCGUUUCGUACUUUGGUCGUCCCAUUAGAGAUGGCGAGCCCGAUGAUACCGUGUCAGAGUCGGAAGCGAGAGACUUCGAUGACGAUCUCGAGCUCGCCAAGACCGUUGGUACCCCAGCCUUCUUCGCUCCCGAGCUUUGCUAUACGGACCCGGACAAGGUGCAACCCAAGGUGUCCGAACAGAUUGACGUUUGGUCUCUAGGUGUUACUCUCUACUGUCUGAUCUAUGCCCGCAUCCCGUUUUUGGCCGAGGACGAGUUCCAAAUGUUCAGGAAGAUUGCCAACGACGACGUCUACAUCCCUCACCGCCGACUUCGACCCGUUGACCCUUCCACCUCGCCAAACGCAACUUCCCUCUACAAGAGACAGAAUAGCGAUCCAUACAGGGACGACAACGAGCUCCUUUACGAAGAGAUCGACGAUCUAUUAGAGGAUCUUCUUCGCCGCAUGCUUACCAAGGAUCCCGAGAAGCGCAUUCGACUCCGCGAGAUCAAGCGCCACCCGUGGGUGGUCCAGGGAAUUCCUGACUUGUUGAAGUGGCUUGACGAGACGGACCCCGCGAGACCAUCUCUAGGCCGGAGGAUUCAAGUGGAUGAGAGGGACAUGUCUCAUGCCGUCGUGCCUCUCAACUUUCUUCAAAAAGCGAGGUCUGUUGUGCGUAAGGCCGUCGGCAAAGUCAUGCACCCAUUGGUGGAUCGUAGCGAUGGCCGGGUGCGACGCCGGGCCACCAGCAGCGUUGCUAGCUCCUCGGGUGACGCCUUGGCUACUGCGUCCUCCACACCGUACGCUGGGGGCAGUCGACGUCAUGGUACGCCCGUGAAUGAGGAGCAACUAGUCUCGGGCUUGCCGCGGGUAGGCUCUCCUGCGAUGAGUAAUCCGGCAGCCGCGCCUCAGGAUACUACUGUUCAUAAUUAUGACCCCAUGGCCACGGUACUAGGGCCUGGUAAGUACACAGCCCACGGCCUUGAGGCGCGACAUUUCGACCCUCCCAGUUUUGCUCGUUUUCGAUAUUCUGCGACACCCCCGCCCACCUACAAGUCGUACAGACACGCUCAUGCCAAGUCAAUGUCCAUAGACCCAUCUUACCUUUCCACGAUCCCGGACAAUGCGACAUGCUCAGAAGUUGAGACUCAGGAUGAUAAUCGCACGGCCAGAGCUGCAGAUCCGUCAUCCGUUGCCGGCUCCCCGCGGGCGCGUUCGGUUGAUGGGUUUGAGACGAGCACGCCAGUUAGACGACGGGACAAUGAGUCCCUCCUGACUCAACAGCUGCGUCCUCUGGGUCAUAGGAGUGCCCCGACAGACAUCGCAUCCCCACUUCCGUCGCCUCUGCUGUUCUCGCCCACCGCCAUCCACGGUUACCAUCAACAUCAUCACCAGCAUCACCACCACUCGAGCUCUGACCCGAACUUCCCUGAGAAGAAGCGUCGCUCGAUGGAGUCCCAUGAACGGCCACAGACUGCACGUCGCCUGCUCACCGCAAUCCACAGGAGAUCAUCGGAUUUCCAUGAUGCUGGCGCGCAAACGCCGUCGGCGUUGUAUCAAGUGGAAACCGCGGAAGCGAUAUCCAACCACCACGACACCGCCCCCAAGGGUUUGGCAGAAAGCACUAAGCAAGAGCGGGCUGAGCAGUUCCCAGAGACUGCGCCGCGCCAGCAAACCUCACCACCCAUGACGGCAGAAAGGGAUCUUGCCGAUGUAUCGGGUGCCUCGUCUAGAUCUGCGUCGAUGGAUGUCUCGGCAUCUUCCGUCUCUGGUGCUGACGAACAAACAAGCACUAUCCCUUCCUCCAAGACUAGCUCUACCAAGGUAUCUUCGGAUCAUAUCCUUGCCUUCCAGUCAGACCCUUCGCUGCCGGCACUCCUUAGCGGAGCCAGCUCGGUCUCGGCAGAUAUGGAAGCUGAACUUCUUGGUCGACCCGGCAUUGUGAGCGCGAACCCUAACCUCUUGGAGACAACCGACUCGCUCACUCCUCCGGCUAUUGGUAAGGAACCGAUUGCGGGAUUCCCACUAGAUACGUUGGCUCUCGAGGCGACCCAAGCCGUCGACAGUGGAAUCAUCUCCGUCCCCGCCAUAGCGAACAGUCCGGCUCGCGGCAGCACGCCUCGCACGCCAAGCCGCCAACAAAGCGAGAGGGAGGACGACGACGAUGGCGACAGCGACAGCGAUGAAGGUUUGACGAUGAUGAGCAAUCGACGAAAGUCGAGCAUGCGGGAGGCGGCUAGGAGCCGACACACUUCCGUCUCAAAGCGGCGUGGCACGAAUGCCAGCUCUGCCAGCGCCCAUGCAUCCGACAUUCAUUGA